AUUCGUAAAUAAUUGAUUAUUGAAAAAAUAUGAGAUCGAAGCUUUUGGCGUUAUCUAAAGCGGUAACAACACCUAGCCGCACCAUCGCUACAACUAGGAGGUGUUUGGCGAGACAAGACCGUUGCGAUGCGCAUAUGAAUGAGUUGCCGAUACCCUGCGGCCCGUGGGAUAUCUGGUACAAAGACAAGCAGAGCUUCUACAACAAGGUGCUGGUGGCUGGAGCUCUUUGGUGGUUAUUUUCAUUCGGGAUGGUGCUAUGGACGGACUCCGUCUACCUGAACUGGGGCCCUCCAGCGCAGCCCGGGCCUCCCAGCGACAUGGUGGAGGAGUGCGAGGACAUUGAGUGAUUGUAUGGCCUUUUA